CCACUUCUCUAGACCCCAGUGGUGGUGUGCUUUACUUUUUACUGCAUCCGACUCUUCGAAUUGCACUUGCUGAUGUAUGGCUUGGAUGCAGCUGCUCAGCCAUGGAAACCCACUCCCAGUUCAGUAUGAAUUCUAGAAAACUCAGGCAAUGAGAACUAUUUGGUCUUUUCACAUGAUAUACAACAAAAAUCUGUCCUUCCACUCUGGUUCAGACGUGUUGUUCUGUCGCCAGCAGAUGGAGACAGUCUGACUGCUAUGAGGAGUCCUCAAGUAUUUGGACCACCCCCGAUAGCCCUCCAGAGGCUUCCUAUUGGUCUGGCGGUGGGUGAGGUGUCGGGUGUCCCAUGGAGCGUGAAGGUAGCAUACUAUCCCGGAGUAGAGUGGGACUUCCCAGAGGUAUUUUAUUAUUAUCAACUGAAGGAGCCGAGCUACAGUCUGUUUGUUACUCCAGUGAAGAUAAGUGAUGGUUUAGUCUCGUCUGACUGGUAAUUAUGCAGAAGAAAGUUUCAGGAGAAGUUUUCUUCCCGUCCUGACGGGUUUGUGGAGCUCGGUGGGUUCACGGUGGAAUUCACUUUUCACACAAAAAAUCACGCAAAAUGUCGCAGUGUGAAGAGGAAGAGAAGCAGCAGCCAGAGUUCUGCUCCGAACAAGAGCGGAACGGAACCUUAGUGAACCCGAGAGCGGUGUGUAACGCGUGUAAACGUUUAUACCGGGACCCUAAAAUCCUGCCCUGCCUGCACACCUUCUGCUCGGACUGUAUCGGCCAGCUGGAGCCCUUCUCGGUGUCCUCACGCGGCCGCCCGGACGGUCCGGACGACAGCCGCGGGGUCGAGGCGGUGGAUGGGGACCGACCCGCCGUCACCUUCACGGUGCUCUGUCCCGACUGUGACUCCGAGGUCGACAUCCCUCCGUCUGGACCGGCAGGGCUGAGCACGGACCACCUGGCGCUGGACGAAGUCUUCCUGGAGACCCUGGUGACGGACGGUCCGCUGGGAUGCGACCUGUGCGGGGAAGGAGGCGCCGAGAGCCGCUGCGAGGUGUGCUGCGUCAACCUGUGCGAGUUCUGCUGCCAGGCACACAGGCGGCAGAAGCGAACAGCAUGUCACUCUGUUCAGCGUCUGGAGGAGCUGAAGUCUCGCGGCCGUCUGAGCCGUCCCGUCCUCUGCUCCCUCCAUCCCGGCCAGGAGCUCCGGCUGUUCUGUCAGUCCUGCGACCUGCCCGUCUGCCUGGAGUGUGCCGCCACGCUGCACCGCGACCACCGCUGCUGCCCCACCCGAGAUGUUAUCGAUCGCCAUGGAGACCGCAUCCGAGAGCUGGUCACGGUGCAGCUGAGACCUCGUCUGGAGCGUCUAAAGGACUCACUGCAGAAGGUGGAAGUGUCUCAGGAGGCUUUGCAGGCACGUGUGGAUGCAACAGCAAAUGAGGUGAGGUCAUUUGCACGGGGCUAUGCCAGCGCUGUGGAAGCCCACUGUCUGUCUCUGCUGCAUCGCCUGGAAGAGCUCCGUGUCCAGCGCAGGAACCAGCUCCACCUGCAGAGGGCGCAGUUGCACCAGGCUCUGCUGGACAUCGGAGGCAGUGUAGAGUUUGCCGAGCGGCUGCUGAGCUGCGGCUCAGACACCGAGAUCCUCAGUGCGAAAGGCGUAACCCUGAGGAGACUGACCAGCCUGGCAGAGAACGGCUACGACCCCAACCCAGCAACUGUCGCCCCCGACGAUGGCAGCAGCAUCAGCUUCCUGCCUAGAGAGCCAGCAGGGGAGGUGGAGGGAUACCCAGUGGUUGGGGCCAUCAACUCUAAGACAGUGGACCUCAGCAAGUGCACCAUUGAAGGGGAAGGUCUACAGAGGUGCAGGGAGGGGCAGCAGGGUCACUUCACCCUGACGUGCCGAGACUCAGCUGGGGAGCAGCUGACACGAGGCGGAGAGCAUGUCGUGGUCAGCAUCGUCAACCGGGAGAAGAAAAACUGCACAGUGGAGGCGUCAGUGGUUGACAACAGCGAUGGAUCCUACAGCGUCUCAUACACGCCUAAAGAGCCAGGAGCCUACUCAGUGUGGGUUUGUGUCAAAGCCCAACACGUCAAGGGCUCUCCGUUCGUUCUGAACGUGAAGAGGAAGCUGAGGCGUCACACCGGGACGUUUCACUGCUGCUCCUUCUGCUCCAGUGGAGGAGACAAAGAGGCUCGCUGUGGCUGCCCAGGAACCAUGCCAGGAGGAUUUAAAGGUUGCGGCCACAGUCAUAAAGGACACCCCGGGAAGCCCCACUGGUCUUGUUGUGGCAGCACCGUGGAGCAGUCGGAGUGUUUGCCUCAGAGCGUGCUGGCUGCAGUUUCCCCCCGCGGCCACCUGCGUACCGUGGAGCUCUGAGGUGCCGCACAGAUGAGACGUGUCAAGAUGAUGCAAGUUAAUACAGGAUGGCAGCAACCAAAAGGUUAGAGCAGCUGGGGGAGAAAGCUCAGGGUUGUUGGUGUAAAUCCUUGAUAAGGUCAGACGAGGAAAGUGAAGCUCUAAAGACACAGCGACUGAGGCAGGACAUCAAAGUCUGUGUGUCUGCAGAGAGAAACAGCAGCCAGCUCACCAGUAAAGACAAGAAAAACACCAAAGUGUGAGCUAAAGGAUCUGAGUCUAUGAUGUAAAGUGCCUUUUUCUAUGUGAGCUCUGCCUGCCUAUGACUAAAAAGAGAUGCGUCUCUUUAAUCAAACGUGUUAAAAGCCUUUCUGAAGGGCACCUUGCCUGUUUUCUUACAUUUUCUGCACACUUCCCCCGCUGCUGUCGAUUUUAAAGGUGUUGAAAUCAGUGUUUUAUAUCUUUUUGUAUCCUUCAAUCAAGGAAAUGAUCUUUUGAAAAAUAGUGCCUCAAAAGCACCUCUGAUGCUGGAAGACAUGAACAUUGAUUCUUACUGACGCGCACUGAUCUCUGUUCUUUGAAAGAACACCGAAGACAAAGGCUGUGAUCCCAACAACCCAAAUCUGUGAUUAGAAAUGUUAUUGUAAUGAGUGAUGAUUUUAUUUUGAAUGAUAAAGUAAUUACAGUUAUCAAGUCAGUUAUCCUGAAGUCAUUAUUAGUGCAAAAUAAAUCAAUAAAUCAAAUUCAAGGGAACAAAAUGUAGGUUUUAGAGACGUAACACAGUUGUGGCACGAUUAGAAGAAGUUCUGUUUUUGGGCUCAAAUCAUCAACAAAUCUGCAGAUCAGUGUCAAGAUGAAUUAUAUUAUAUUGGUAGUGCACUGAAAAUGGUUGUUUUGUCCAAUAAUCAGUCAAAAAUCCUGCGGUAUGUUUAAGAAAACCUCAAAGGAAUAGUUCACCCAAAAAUGUAAAUUCAGUCUUUAUCCCCUCCUCGCGUGCUGAUGAACAGUUAGGCGAAGCUUCGUAGCACUGCAGCAUUCUCCUAAACAACUGAAUUAUCUGGGGACUUGUUUUAAAACAACCAAAAAAAAAAAAACAUCAAAUGCUCCAUACAGCUCAUCUGCAGAAGCUCAGAGAUCCCAAACUGAUUUGACGAGACAUUAUUUUCUACUUUGACAAGCAGUCGAGCUAGUCUAUCCCCUGAAUCGUGCUAACGCUUUUAGCUUAGCAGCUGCAGUGAAGAUUUCAUCUUAAAGGGUAAUUCAACCCAGCACCCCAUCCACAUAAUGACUGAAUUUUCUUUUUUCUUUUUGUCUUUUUCGUUUUUUUUUCUGAAACCAUUUUAAAGACUGUUUGAUUAUAUCGCUUUUGAGUAUCGAGAAAUAAAUUCACUAUUGACUGUAUCAGCUUGGUGUGUCUACAAAUAACCUACGGCAAGUUAGUUUCCAUGAGCACAAACUGGAGUCCAUUAUGGAUGAUAGGCAUAUUUUCCCAAUAAAUACUAAGAAAAUAUUACUAUACUGUUACUACUUAAUUCCUUUGUGGAACAAAAGUCACAACAUAUUCACACGUAGAGCUGUGUGUUCAUUGUGUGUCAUGGAAGAUCUGAUAAGAGCUACUUUUUUGUGCAUAUGUAGUAAUAUUAAUUAAUAAAUAAUUAGCCACCAGAUAUAGCCAUAUACUAUUAAAUAAAUACUACAUAUCCACAGCACCUGUUUAGCUGUUGGUAGGUACAUGUGUUGUUUGUGCAGAUUGUGUUUCUGUAGUCAGAGUCACAUUAGGAAGGAGCACAAACAGCUCCUCCUGAGCACUGACCCCAGCACUGAGGUGGAACAAACCGUGCCUGAUUAUUCUGAGACCGUUCAUAAUGUGAAACACAUUGUUGUUGUCGGUUUUAUGUAAACCACGAUGUUUGACUUGACGCCGACCCCGAGUGCCUGUUGCUGUCUUUAAUGAGGAGGAAGUUCAUCAGAUCUGCACAAAACUGUGUUUUACCUUCAUUAAGCCAUCCCAGUCCACUGCGCCUCCCGGGGACGAGGGCUUUAUCUGGGAAACACUGUGACCUAGAAGGUGCAGUCAGCCUCCUCUAAGAAUACUAAGCUGUGUCCUCCAGAGGCUGCUUCACGUCGCUGACUUAAAACCACCAACCUGGAACUCACAAUGAGCCAUUUAAUGCCUUUGUUUGAUUUUUUUUUUCCUGUGUUGUGACUGUGACUUCUCUCCAGUGUGAGGGUACAUAGAUAUGAUGUUACUCUGAGGAUCUGCUGUUGAUGACUACUUAAACAGACCUAUGCAAAUACUGAACAUGAGGACUACUAAUCUUGUGACGUGUUAUCCAAGAUGUCCAGAAUGCCAGGGAGCUCGUCUAACACUGAGUCUGUCUCUGCUGUUCACGUUGUGUGUGUUCAUGUGAGAACCACGCAGUACUCUGUGUUGAAACAUGUCAUGCCUGUACAAUCAAAAUAAACACAGCCAUUUUCUCAGUA